AUGGGCACGAUAUCAACAGCCGCCGAACGUCUUUAUCGCGAACGUCUCGCCUCGACCACAUGGGUCGGAUUCGACCUCGAUGAUACCCUACACGAAUUUCGCCAUGCCUCUGCCGCAGCAAGCAAACGUGUCUUCUCGGCUAUCUCUGAGCGAUAUGCAAUACCAACGACGCUUCUCCAAAGGCAGUAUGCUUUGAUCCUACGCGAGAAGACCUCGCACUCCUUCUCAGACGGCAGAUUGUCGCACGAGUACCGGAGGGAGAGAUUUGUUACUUUGCUGGCAUCGUUUGAGGUUUCGAUUGAGGAUGACUUCGUACAGGAGCUUCUGACGCUAUACGAGUCAUCUCUUGCCGCCUCGCUCAAGCUUAAGGCUGGCGCACUUAAUCUGUUGCAGAGGCUCAAAUGUUUAGGGAAGAAGAUUGUCGUCAUUACAGAGGGACCACAAGACGCGCAGGAAUGGACACUGACUGAGCUCGGUAUCGCGACAUACAUUGACUAUCUCGCCACCACGAAUCAAUUCAAGGUCACUAAGACGACUGGUUUAUUUUUGCGAGUUCUAAAACACCUGAAUAUCACGCCCAACAGCAUUGUGUAUAUUGGAGACACCAUGGAGCGGGAUAUUAUACCUGCAACGAACGAAGGCAUCCUUUGCAUUCACCUGGCAGGGACGCAAGAUGGAGUGUCCGGCGACGGUGUCUGCCAGGUCAGCGAGCUCACUGAGGUUGAAAAGUUGCUACAAGAUGGGACAGUGGUUUAG